UGGAAAUUCUAUGAUGCAGAUGAUUAUCAUUCUCUCGAGAAUAAAAAGAAGAUGGCUGAGGGGAUACCACUAAAUGAUGAGGACAGGAUUCCCUGGCUUUGUGCAUUGCAUGAUGUACUAAGGAGAAAAGACUCAUCUAGAGAAGAUGCAAUUCUGGCCUGUUCUGCACUGAAGAAGAUGUAUAGGCAUAUAUUAGUGAGUGGUGCAUCUGCCGUGCAAAGCAGGCAGCCAGUGCAGCCAGAAGACGCAGCACUGAAGAUCCUCUUUGUUCAUUUGGAUGGGCCAAUAGACGUCAUUGCUGGCCGCCUGGAGAAGAGGAAAGGACACUUUAUGGCACCUGAACUUCUCAAGUCUCAGUUUGAUACCCUGGAGCCUCCUAGUGCACCAGAAAACUUUAUUACUAUCAGUCUAGAAAAAUCUCUCCCUGAAAUCGUACUGGAGAUUGAGCGUGCCAUUUUUCAGGGUGAAGUUUUUCUUGAGUGA